AUGACUGAGCGGUUACAUGCAAGGGUCGACGUGGUGGUGCUAGUGGACCGAUGGAACGGCAGUCGAGGCGCUAACUCGGCGGCUCUCUGGGGCGGACGGCGGGCGGACGAAGGAGAGGACGAAGGAGAGGAGGGGAAAUGGGCGAGAGCGAGGGAGCGAGGGAGUGAGAGAGUGAGGAGAGUGAGCGAGAGUGAGCGAGAGGAUCCGCCUUUGCCGUUGCCUUUGCCUGCUCGACUCGACUCGACUGCCACCAAGUGGGCGCUGCCGACCAGCUCCUAUACAACCACGACGACGACGACGACGACGCCGCCACUGCUGCUACUUCCGCUUCCGCCGCCGCCGCCGCCGCCGCCAGCCACAGCUACACAGCCACUCAGCCACAGCCCGACCAUCACCAGCACCACCACCAGUGCCUCCUCCCCCAAACAAGUCCCCAGGCACCGCGUGGGAUUGGGAGGUAUGAAAUCCGCCUGGCAGCGCCAGACCAAGGAUUUUGCCCACACAAAGGCCGACGACUACUCGUCCCUUGUCAUCGACAACCGCGGCGUGGGCGACUCGGACAAGCCCGCAUGCCGGUACUCGACGUCCGACAUGGCCAAGGACGUGAUCGAGGUCAUUGACCACGUGGGCUGGACCGCCAAGCGCGAGCUGCACAUUAUUGGAAUCAGCAUGGGAGGCAUGAUUGCCCAAGAGCUUGUGAGUCUCAAUCAUUCUGCUGGCCUCAUCCACUGCACAAUUUGCUCCGUCCUUCCGCCGGCACACGCCGGAUGCACGCCUAUCCCAUCAUCCUGCAAUCUUACCCGCCGCCCCGCUGACCCCGCCUGUUCGUCAUAUCGCCAUGUAAUGCCAUUCAAGGCCAUGUUGAUUCCCGACCGCAUCUGCACCUUGUCGCUCGUGUCCACGGCUGCCCACAUUUUCAGAACUACAGGGUUUGUGGAAAACCUGUGGAACCGCGCCAAUCUUCUCAUGCCCAAAGAUAUUGACCAACAAAUCGCUGCUGUGAAGAGAAACCUAUAUACCCAGCAAUGGCUAGAUGCACCCGACUCUCUGGAGCCCGUUGUGGAGCCCUUUCCUUCAAACGGCGACCGCUUCGGCGCAAUGGAAUGUCGAAAGAGAGAACAGCCGGACUUAUUUCCCAGGGUCGGCUUCCUCGCCCAGGCCAUCGCGGCGAACUGGCAUUACAAAAGCCCCGAGGACUUGCACCACAUGGCCAAGGCGGUCGGAAAGCAGAGAAUUAUGGUGGUACACGGCACCAGCGAUCGUAUGCUGACAUUCCCCCUUGGCGUGGUAUUGUGGAGGGGCUUAGAGAAGGGUGAGGGUGUGACGGGCAAGGAGAACUGGCUGGGUAUUGAGCAAGAGGACGACGUGUGGCAGCAGGGCGAAAUCGAGAAGCGCUUUAUCAAGGGCCAGGGCCAUGUCAUUCCAAUAGAGAUGCGCCAGGAGUUUAACUCGUGGAUCGAGGGGCUGGUGGAGAGGGGCAUAAAACUCAAUGAGCACGAGGACUUGACCGGUUAA